AUGGCAACCGUCAAGCGAAGCAAAACCAUGCCGGCGGACGGCCAAACAACAAAAUUCCUAUACACGAUUUUGAAGCAGCUGGACUUGAAAUCGAUCGAUUGGAACCUGGUUGCAUCCCAGCUGGAGAUAACCAACGGCCAUGCUGCACGGAUGCGAUUCUCUCGAUUUCGACAACACAUGGAAGGGAAUACAACAACCGCCCGUACACCUCGUGUGAAAAAGCCCAAGGCAGAAACUCCGAAAUCCAAGAAGGCAAUGUUUGAUGAGCCAGCACGCAACAUGGAGCGUUCUCCCACAGCAGGGCCCAGUCCAGCCGUCAAACAGGAGCCAGAAGUGAAAGCAGAGCCUGGAUUUGGAGUCGGAGUGUCGCCGCAGUAUUUCUAUCCGCAAGAUAUGGCAUCAGCUAUUCCCAGGAGCAUGGAGAAUACGCUAGUCCAUAACCAGUUUUACGAUUUCUCGACUGUCUCUCCCGCGGACCUGACGAUGCCUUCUUUCACCCCGGAGCCCGUCGUUGGCUACCCGACUCCGCCGUUUGGAGAGAAUUGGAUACAGGUCAAGACCGAGAGGGCGGACGGUGAAGCUGAGAUGCAGGAUCUUUACAUCAAGUCAGAACCAAAUCUGUGA